AUGGGGAAUGAGUUCCACGGGCUUCCUCUCCGGAAAGCUCUCGUGUUGGUCGUUAACCUCGCAUCGACAGCCCUCACGUUGAUGGCAGGUCUGCGUGAAAACCCGUUGAUCGUCCUGGUAACGGGCCGCUACGAUGAAAUGCGAGCUCGUUUGAUGGAGCGACGUAUCAACUACAACCUCGUUCGAGACGACUUCCUAAACGUAGACACGCUGACCAAUUUAACGCGAGUGGGCGAGAGCUUUCGCUUCUUUUCGGCUCCAACUCGCAGUCCUGACAAUCUCGGAGAGGACAGAAGCACAUGUAUGCGCGUUAACUCAAUCAACGUGACCCACGCUGAAGUGUAUUUCGAUGAUUUCUGGGGCAAAGGAGCUCGACGUUCCCAGUACUUUUUCCACAGUAUCUCUGCUCCAAGAUGCGACGUCAUCAACUUCAAUCCCGAGUGGUUCACCGAGUGUCUUUUUACUAAUAACAACUCGACCGAUGACUGCCACCGCUACAUUCUCGACAACUUUGACGAUCUCAGUAAGAAACGAGCGAUUCAAAAUGGUGUUCCGGGAGACUUCGGUCGGCCUGGCAUGCCGUUCUUACGUUGCACUGGUCGACCGCCAGCAUCGUUCAUGUACAUCACGGAUUUGAUGGUACACCAGGCUUUUUGGGCGGGUGGAAGCUACCACAUCCAGUUUGAAAGCAGUAAAUGUCUUGCUGUACCGAGAAUUAUCGACUUCGAAACGAAUUAUGGUCUGUUCCAGACAGAACCGUUGGACCAGCAAGCAGAAGUUAAAGUGGCUCUCGACAACACUGGGUGGUUCACUCUUAUCGUUACGUACUCCUAUGGCAUUGUCACGUUGCUUCUCGUCGCGCGAGGUGUGUUUAACACUUUGGCCAAACUACGUAUUGUAAAUUACGUGCCUGUAAAGCUACGCUUUGGUGGAGUUCGACGAUAUUUCAAGUACAUUUUUCCAUUCAUGAAUUUGUCUGUCUGGACGUCGGACGAUGAAAACUCGAUCAUUCGAUUCAAAGGCAAAGUCAUCAUGGCGUCCGAUGUGUGGAUUAACCACUGGCUGUAUAUGCUGCUGAGUAUAUUAGACGCUCUGGUUAGCGUUCGGAUGACUUAUAGUGUCUAUGAAAUUGGACAAUGGAUGCUGUCGAUGCAUAUCACCAUGGACAACUUCAUUUUCAUGGCUUCAGCUAUUACGCGUAUGACGUGGCUCAUGUGCUUUCUCCACACGGUAGUUCGACUUCUUCUCAAGCUUGGAGCUCGGUCAUUGAAAGCCAUGAAGAUGAUACGUCCUCAUCAUCAGCACGUACUCGAAUGGUAUAUCGACUCAAGUACACUGUUUCUAAGCUAUAAGGUCUACAGUCUGAUGCUUUGCUUCCUGCUCUAUGUGCUUCUCAAGGUUCGCGGUGGAACAUCCUUCAUGGUAAACGCCCCGAAUUCCAGUCGUGGAAUCUUUGGUGGUGCACCAUCUCUAGAGAAUUUUUGGAACAGCGAGAUCAUGAUUGAUUUCGUUGUGCUGCUCUCGCUCAUGAUGCUUGGAGGGGGUUUCUUCGGUAUUGUCAUGUUGGCAACACCGUUCAAACGUGUGGCUAAUAACAGACUGCUACACUUGAUCCAGAAACGUUACGUCUUUGUAGGGUGGGACCUCGGUACGGUCCUUGACUCUCUCGGUAUUGACCCAUUUAAUAGCAAGCUCCUGAAGGAUGAUGUGGCCAUUACGAGCUGUCCGUUUGGGUGUAUCUUACAGCAAUUGUACCAGUCAGGACCAAGUGGACACGUGACAUUGAUGGCAGAUUAUCUUCUUCAUGGCAAUGGGUUUGCAACCCCACCAGUGGAAUUUCAUUUUCCAAUGCGAAAAGCGGUAGCGAUGGGACUACUACUACACAGCGAUAAAUCGGGGACUACGAAAGCGACCAAGGUAAGCGCUGGUACGAAGUACGCGGUGUCCGAUGCUACUGCAAACUUCAGCACACAAGCAGAUCACAUAGAGCCAAAUGACGCGGUGGGUGAGAUGCCGAAUACCGAUAACAAGAGUUUGUUCGAUAGAAACUUGCUGCUUUUUGCCGAGACAACGUAUGGUCGCGUCAUCUUAAUUGAUGAAAACAAGCCCGGUAAGUGCGGCAAGAACUCCGCGGGCAUGAUGGAGUAUACUACCACAGACGCUCUCGCUUCGAUGAGCAUUUUGGAUAUUAAACACUUGCUGAACGGAACAAAAAAUCUCACGAUCGGAUAA